UCCAACUUCAUCUCUCUUAGGGCCCAAAGGCGUCAUCAAUGACUGGAGGAAGUUCAAAUUAGAAAGUGAAGAUAGAGACUCCUUAUCCUUGAGCAAGAAAGAAAUCCUUAGACAAAUGUCAUCUCCACACAGAUGUUACAGUAAAGAUGAUAAAGACACCAGAGAGAGAUUCUGCCGUAAGAUGAGCAUGCAGGAGUACGAAUUAAUUCAUGAUGAGCAAGAAGAUGAAAGCUGCCUACAAAAAUACCGCAAGCGCUGCAUGCAGGAUAUGCACCAGAGGCUGAGCUUUGGGCCGAAAUAUGGCUACUUGUGUGAGCUGCAGAACGGGGAACAGUUCCUGGAGGCCGUGGAGAAAGAACGCAAAACCACCACCGUCAUUGUCCACAUUUAUGAAGACGGCAUCAAGGGCUGCGAUGCUCUCAACAACAGCCUGACCUGCCUGGCGGCUGAGUACACCACCGUGAAGUUCUGCAAGAUCAAAGCCUCCAACACAGGGGCUGGAGACCGCUUCUCCAAUGAAGUGCUUCCCACUCUGCUCGUCUAUAAGGGUGGGGAGCUUCUGAGCAAUUUCAUCAACAUUUCUGAACAGUUCAAUGAGGAGUUUUUUGCUGUGGAUGUGGAGGCUUUCCUAAAUGAGUAUGGGCUGCUGCCUGAAAGGGAGCUUCCAUCCCUGGGAAAUGGCAACACAGAUGAGCCAGAUGUUGAGUAAUUAGAGCGGCAUAGUCCUCCCUGUCUCCCUUCCCUCUUCAGUUUGUUGUAAAUCAAGCUCAAUAACACCCAUCUCAUUUAGAGAAGGCUGUCUUUGCUAAUUUAUCUGUAAGAUACAUAUACAUAUUUAUAUAAAUGGCUUAAAAGUAUGGUUAGCAUAUGAAUGUUACUUAAAACAUAUACAGCUGGCAGUCCUGUACAUAACUAUUUCUAUGCCAGCCACAAGUA